CAUCAACCCAAGUAAGCCAAUGGGAAAAUCUCACUUUAUGCUGUCUCUUGUACUUGUGAUUUUGUUUCUAAAUUUUGUUCGUUCUUUUUCCAUGGAAUCACCCAACAUCACCACAGACCGGUUAGCUCUUCUUGCAUUGAAAUCUCAUGUAACUUCUGAUCCAAAACGUUUUUUAGCAACCAAUUGGUCUACUAACACAUCUGUCUGCAAUUGGUUUGGCGUCACUUGCGGAUCCAAGAACCUUAGGGUCACAGUUUUGAAUCUUACAGGCAUGGGUCUGGUAGGCACCAUACCAUCACACUUGGGAAAUCUAUCCUUCCUCACCAGACUCAACAUUAUGAACAAUAGUUUUCAAGGCUUAUUACCCAACCAUUUGGCUAAUUUGCAUCGGUUGAAGUUCAUAAACUUGGGUAACAACAAAUUCGGUGGAGAAAUCCCAUCAUGGUUCGGUUCCUUCACUCGACUUCAAAACUUGUAUCUAUUCGGAAACAACUUCACUGGUUUAAUCCCAUCAUCUUUGUGCCAUUUACCAAAGCUAGAGUCUUUGAAUUUGGGAAACAACAAUCUGAGAGGGCAGAUUCCUGUCAAGAUUGGAAACCUUUCCACCUUGAAGAGUUUGCAUUUGGGAACCAACCAGCUUUCAGGUCAAAUCCCUGGAACAAUUGGUGACCUUCUGAACUUAGAGAGGCUUCGCUUUUCAGAAAACAACUUAACAGGGCCUGUGCCUUCAAGCAUUGCGAACUUGACAUUUCUGAGUUACAUUGAUUUUUCCUCUAAUAGCUUGUCAGGUGCACUUCCAUUUCAGAUUGGAAACUUACAGAAUCUUGAAAUCUUAUCCUUGGGAAAUAAUAGUUUCUCUGGUUCCAUCCCUCCUCCAAUCUUUAACAUAUCGACAGCAUUGAUGAUUUGGCUUGGUUUCAAUCAACUCUCAGGCCAGCUUCCAUCAACAGCAGGCCUUGGACUUCCAAAACUAGAAGGACUUUAUCUUGAGCUAAAUGAACUAAGUGGACCAAUCCCAACCUUUAUCUCCAACGCCUCUAAUCUUAUUUUUCUUCAACUAACGAAUAAUUCUUUUUCUGGAACUGUUCCGGAUACGUUUGGCAAUCUAAAAUAUUUGCAACGGUUGGACUUAGGGCAUAACAACUUAAGUAGCAAACCUUCUUCCCCUGUAUUGAGCUUUCUCUCAUCAUUGACAAGCUGUAAAAGCUUGGAAGUUUUGAUAUUUGAUGAUAACCCUUUGAUCACUGGUGAACUUCCAGUUUCUGUGGGGAAUUUAUCUGCUUCUCUAACUCUUUUCUAUGCUUCUCAUUGCAACAUUAAGGGCAGCAUCCCCGGUGAAAUCGGAAACUUAAGCAAAUUGUUUUGGUUAGGCCUUGACCACAAUGACUUCACUGGAACAAUACCUGCAACACUUGGAAGCUUGAGAGAGUUGCAAGAUGUUGAUCUUGGGAGUAACAAGCUUGAAGGAAGCAUUCCGUCCGAGUUAUGUCAUCUUGAAAGGUUGGCUUACUUAACUCUCACUGACAACAAACUAUUUGGACCAAUACCAGAAUGCUUAGGUGAUAUGGUUUCUCUGAGGAAUCUUUUCUUAGGCUCCAAUAAUUUUACCUCAAUCCCAUCAACCUUGACAAGACUCGACGGCAUCUUGUUCCUAGAGUUAUCUUCGAAUUCACUGAAUGGAUCACUCCCAACUGAUAUCGGGAACUGGAAGUCUGUGACCAAUUUGAAUUUGUCAGAUAAUCAGUUCUCAGGUGCUAUCUCAAGCAGCAUUGCUGAUCUCAUGCAUCUAACUCAUCUCUCGUUAUCUGGUAAUAUGUUGCAGGGUUCUAUUCCUGCAUCAUUUGAUGAGUUGAUAAGUUUGGAAUACUUGGAUCUGUCUAGGAAUAACCUUUCAGGAAUGAUCCCCAAGUCCUUAGAGAAACUCCAAAAUCUCAAACAUUUCAAUGUCUCUUUCAAUAGACUACAAGGGGAAAUUCCUAGCAGAGGAUUAUUUGGAAACUACUCGAGCCAAUCAUUUAUAGGCAAUGAAGACUUGUGCGGUCCAUCUCGACUUCAAGUCCCACCUUGCAAAACUGAUCCCUCCAAGGGUGCCAAUCUUUUAAAAUAUAUUCUACCUGCAAUUGGCUCGGUCAUAUUAGUAUCGUUCGCGGUUUUCAUUCUUUUACGAAGUCGAAAUACGAAAACUGAACUACCAAUUCAAGAAAAUUUGCCACCGUUACCUGAAUGGAGAAGAAUUUCUUACCAUGACCUUGCUCAAGCUACUGAUGGAUUUUCUGAUAGCAAUCUACUUGGGGUAGGGAGUUUCGGGUCAGUAUACAAAGGAACUCUCUCAACUGGGAUGACCAUUGCAGUAAAAGUGUUCCAUGUAAAUCAAGAUAGAGCCUUUAAAAGCUUUGAUAUUGAAUGUGAGGUACUACGCAACAUUCGUCAUCGGAAUUUGGUUAAAAUCAUUAGUAGCUGCUCUAAUGUUGAAUUUAAAGCUUUGGUACUUGAGUUCAUGUCUAAUGGAAGCUUGGAGAAGUGGCUAUAUUCUGACAACCAUUUUCUGAAUGUUUUGCAAAGGUUGAAUAUAGUGAUAGACAUUGUAUUGGCAUUGGAAUAUCUCCACCAUGGUCAUACCCUACCAGUGGUUCAUUGUGAUAUAAAGCCAAACAAUAUCCUGCUAGAUACAGAUAUGAUAGCGCAUUUGGGUGAUUUUGGCAUUGCAAAACUCUUAGGCGAGGAAGAUGCAAUGAUACAAACAAAGACACUAGCAACUAUUGGAUACAUGUCACCAGAAUAUGGAUCAGAAGGAAUUGUUUCUACAAAAGGUGAUGUGUAUAGUUUCGGGAUUCUUGUAAUGGAAACUUUCACAAGAAAAAAGCCGACAGAUGAUAUGUUUGGAGAAGAAAUGAGCUUGAAACGUUGGGUGAAAGAAUCAUUACCAUCUUCCGUAGUUGAUGUGGUAGACAGUAAGCUUCUAAAUACAAGAGAGAGAGAAGGGUUAGCAGCAAAGGAUUGUAUAUUAUCCAUUUUGCAAUUAGCUCUGGAAUGUUCAGCAGAGGUAGCAGAGGAAAGGAUUGAUAUGGAAGAAGUUGUUGCAAGGUUGAAGAAAAUCAAAACCAUGUACUUGCGUGGAACUGAGCAAGUUUAAUUUUUAGUUUUGAUCCUAAAUUUUUCAAAUUUUAUACCUUCCUUCACACCAAAAUUCUUUUUCGAGUUUGACUAUGCAUUAGAUGAGUAGAAUUGAAUAGAAUUCUGC